AUGUUUUCAUCUUAUCUUCCCACCUCUUUGAUGGGCUCUUUCAUGUCUGACCUCCCGACGACGAACAGCCAGAUUCUAAGCUAUCGUGACUCGAAUGCUCGAAAUGAAGCCAGCUCAUCAAGCCCUUCGAGAAAUGUGGGCUUAGGCCAAAGCAUGUUCCUUUCGAGUUUGCCCGAUUUUACGGAAGAUUCGGGUUUUAUCGAGCGGGCUGCGAGGUUUUCUUGCUUCAGUCAGAUGGUCAGCCCUUUUGGCAAUCUUGGUUAUAUGAAUGCUGAUGAUCCUCGUUCGGGACUAAUGCAAAGGAGGCCAACCGAGGCUUUAGCGGGUGAAAAAAAUGAAGGAAGCCCGUUCAAGAACGAAUCGGAACUCGAUAAGUCUAUGUUUUCUCGUGAUGUAUUGGGUACUCAGCCAGAGGAGGCCGAAUUUAGCGGGCGUGAAGGUCCGGAGGAGUUGUCUAGUAAAAGGGUUGGAUUAAAGAAGAGGAAAAGAGCUGAGCAGAAAAAUGUGAAUGACGAAAAUAAUGAAGCCGAUCGACCGGCUAUUGAGACAGAGGACACUGAUGAAAUUAAAGAGAAGGAUAAUGAAAAAAACCCGAUUUCGGCUGAGAACCCGAGUGGCAAAGAGUACAUACACGUUCGAGCACGAAGGGGCCAGGCCACGAAUAGCCACAGUCUUGCAGAAAGGAUAAGAAGGGAGAAAAUUAGUGAGAGGAUGAAAUUUCUCCAGGAUCUUGUUCCAGGUUGCAACAAGGUCACUGGAAAAGCUGUAAUGCUCGACGAAAUCAUCAAUUACGUGCAAUCCUUACAGCGGCAAGUUGAGUUCCUAUCGAUGAAGCUUGCAACAGUGAACCCGAGCAACGAUUUUGAUAUAGAAGGGUUUCUUGCUAAAGAUAUCAUGCAGACUAGAUUAAUCCCGAAUUUUCCUCCGCCACAAACUCGAUUAAUCCACCAAACAACACUGAAUCGACCAAUCAAUUCUCAGUCUAAUUUUGUCUCGAGAGGAUAUAGAGAGCCUACCUCUCAAGCAUCAGGAAUGUGGGACGACGAGCUUCAUAACAUUGUUCAAAAUGGGUUCAAUUUAAGCGCAUCCGGUUUAAGUGGUCAAGCGAAAGCUGAACCUUAA